AUGACCUUUAACGGCCAGAACCUGCCUGAUAAGACCGGUGGCGAGUGGAAGCCCUGGUCCAGCUUCUCAGCGAAGCAGCAGAAGCUUGUCCAAAGUAAGCUGAAUCGCCGGGUCCGCAUCGAUGCUGCCAAUACGGGCAUGGUUUGCCGCACUCACUCAGGCGAACCUGUAAAGGAGCUACAAUGCGAGGGCCCAUGCAACCGAAUUCGGGCUCUCGACCAGUUUUCCAAGAACAACAGGUCCAAUGGCGUCAACAUCUGCAAGGCCUGCCAGCACUGGGUCAAUACUCAGGAGCCGGGUUAUGCCCCUUGGGGUGGCCCGAACACCGAUCUCGACCCGCUAGAGGAGAACGAUGAUUUUGAGACUCGCCUUCCUACCGAGCCCUCUGAUAUCUUCGAUCUGUAUGAUCAUCGACCCCUUGCACCAAUAACCGGCACGGACGGACUCACGAAGUUAGAGGACGAUGAGGCGGGAGCCCCGUCCCUCAAGUUCGCAGGUCUCAACAUCACUCAUGCUAGGCAGAGCAUCGCCCCGCCUCACUUGGAUACGGAAAGUGUAACAUCCACUCAACGCGCGAGUGGAUCAAUCAUCUCUGAAUCUGCCUCUCAACCCACGCCGGAGGACCUGGGAGAAGCCAGUUUGUGGCUCAGCCAGGCAAAGAUUGCCCAGCCUCAGCCUCAGCCUCAGCCUCAGACAAGUGGUCGAGUGACUUACAACGCCUGGGAUUCCAAUGGCCGUCAGUACCAGAUGUCCAAGACUCCCACUGUUCAGUCUGGUCGAUCCUCGGUGAUGAGCGGCAUGACUCCAGCUUCGAGCAGUCGCGGCCAGAGUUUGAGCAACAGCCGCCGCGAAACCGCCUUGAACAGUCGCCCUCAGAGCGUCACAAAUAUCCGUCCUCAGAAUAGUACCAACACCAGUAAGCCUGCUACAGGUGGAACUUGGGAUACCAAGGGACGAUCCUCCGACAGAAAGCAUCUUACCGAGAAGGAGCAUCGCGAGCUGCAGCGCAACAUACCGCAGCGACAGGUGAAUUUUCCUUACGGCAAUGGUGAAGACGACAGCGACGACGACGGGUAG